CUAACAAACUGAUGCUCCAAAGGAUUUAUGGCACAGCAUGGGAGGAUGAAAAACAAUUGAAAGCAUACCUUCAUUUUAAAGAGGUGGCUAAACACUGGGAUCACAGGUGCCUUGGCCAAGAUCUUGAUCUGUUCUCGAUACAGGACGAAGCUGGUGGAGGUUUGGUGUUCUGGCAUCCAAAGGGGGCCAUUGUAAGACACAUAAUAGAAGAUGCCUGGAAAAAAAUUCACAUGGAACAUGGUUAGAUCUGUUGUACAUUCCCCACGUAGCAAAGGCAGAUCUUUGGAAGAUCAGUGGUCAUCUCGAUUUCUACAAAGAGAAUAUGUAUGAUCCGAUGAAGAUUGAUGAAGAACUUUACCAGCUUCGACCAAUGAACUGUGCUUACCAUAUUUUGGUUUAUAAAGAAGCUGCACUCUUGUAAGGAUUUUCCAAUCAGGGUUGCAGAGCUGGGAACUGUAUGUAGAUAUGAAUUAUCUGGAAGCUUACAUGGUCUUUUCCGUGUAAGAGGUUUCGCACAGCACAUGAACCACUUCGAGGUGAGGUGUAUCCAUCCACAAAUUUUCAGAUCUGAAAUACGGAUGAUAUGAGUGAGAAAUAGAGAGAGAGAAGAGAGAAGAGAGAAGAGGGAAGAGGGAGGAGAUGAACCUGCCUCUGUUCUGUGACUCUCCGGCUGCCCCUUUGUUCUUCAACACAAAACACUGAUCUGUUUACGUCUUCACCGAAGUGCUGCUUCCACAGCUUCUUGGGGAAGAUACACCUUGGGAAGGUUAUUCAAAAAGAUAACAAAUACUCAAGUGAUUGAAGCCCAAAAAACAACUAUAAUUCAUAUUCAAAAAUGCCACGACAAAAGGGUGCCAAUGAUGAAUCCCCAAGUGAUAAUAUUGGUUGGAAAUUUGGAACUCAAGUUGAAGGCACUAGACAUCAUAUUAUUUGCAAAUUUUGUGGACAUCACAUUAAAGGUGGGAUUACGCGUUUCAAACAACAUUUAGCACAUCAAACAGGACAAGUGCGUUCUUGUCCUAAUGUUAGUAGAGACGUGAUGCAAGAAAUGAUGAAACAUUUACAAAAUAAGAAAAUGAGUAAAGUAAACAAACAAAAGAGAAAAGCUGAAUUGAAAGCACAUAUUAGGGGAGAUGAUCUCUAUGAUGAAAAUGAAGAGGGAGAUUUUGUAGAUCUUCGAGAUGAUGACUCUGACUCUGAUCCAGAGAUGGCCAGGGCUAGACAAGUAAGUAUUCGUUCACAACAACAAUGGGAGGAAAGGCUACAAUGUAGACGAGGUGUUGCAGGUCAUGGAUCACAAUACGAUGCAGGUGGUAGUUCUGGUGCAGAGGGUAGUGCUCAAAGAAUGCCAAAAGGGUCAGGUAUUGCUAAUGUUUUUCGUCGAUCACAAUCUGUGCGUGAAACUGGUGGGAGUGGACGUAAUUGGAUUACGCCCAAUGCUCCUGCAGCAAGGUUGAGGGCAAUGGAUGUACAACUCCAAAAGAGCAAGAGUACAAAGCAGCGAAAAAUCUCCACAAUGAAUUUACAGAAGCUAAAAAAGAGAUUGGGACGGGUAGUGUCCAAGUUUAUACUCUAUAAUCGUAUUCCAUUCAAUGCAGUUGAUUUAGAGUAUACACAACCCAUGCUUGAUGUUGCUGCUGAAGUAGAGCCAAGAGUAAACGGUCCUAGUGCUUAUGAAGUUUCUGAAAUAUAUUUGGGCAUGGAGCAUGAUGAGCAUGAUGAAAUGACAGAAUGGAUAGGAUCAUUCAAGGGAAUUUGGGCAGAGAGAGGUGUAUCCAUCAUGUGUGAUGGUUGGAGCAGUCUAACUCGGCAACACAUCAUCAACUUCUUAGUGUACUGCAAUAGAGGAUAUUUUUUAAAUCCUCAAUUCCAAUAUGGUGUUACCUCAUCCAAUGAAAUGAUAAGAGAAGUGAUGGAUGGACUUAAAAAAGUAAUUACCAGACUGGAGCCUAAUAUGGAUGCUCAAGUGAAAGCAACAAAUCAAUUGUUGCUGUUUCGAGAUAAACAGGAAACUUUUGGUACUCUUUUAGCACAAAGAGCAUGGAAACAAUCAAAUCCAGCUGAGUGGUGGAUUAUUCAUGGCAGUUAUGCUCAUGAACUUCAAAAAAUAGCUGUGAAAGUAUUAAGUCAAACCACCACAUCAUUUCACUGUGAACGUAAUUGGAGUACUUUUAGUCUCAUCCAUACGAAGACGAGGAAUAGAUUGAAAUAUAAGAAAAUCCAAAGAUUAGUCUUCAUCACCUACAACAUGAGAUUAAAAUUGAGACACGUUAAAAGAAGCAGCCAAGAGGAGAUUGAUAGGAGUUUUAAUUCUAUUAACUUGGAUUAUAUAUUUGAAGAAGAUGAUCCAAUAAGUCCAUGGAUAGAAGAAAGGGAAAAUCCUUUGCUAAAUGGUGUGGAUAAUUCUGAAUGGCUAGAUUUGGUCUCAAAUGAUGAUGGUGGUGGUGGCAACGACAGCAAUGGCAAUGGCGGCGAUGGCAGCGAUGGAAACGAUGGUGGUGGCACUCAUAGAUAUCAAGCUCGACGCACUUCUCAAAGCUCAACUCCUACUCCAACUCAAAGUGAUAAUAGUGGUGGUUUAACACAAUCUGAUGGAGGAGGUGAUGAUGGUGAUGGUGAAGGCACUUCUCACGGUGAUGGUGGUGGUGGCGGCAGCGACAAUGGUGGUGAUGGCGGUGAUGGUACUAGUUUUGGUGCAGGAAGAAGAUUUUAUUGGAGGAUUUGGAUUAUGUGAUGUUGGGGAACAUUAUGAUAUUGGAGAACCUGUUGCACCUUUACCCCAACUACCUAGGAGGUUUUGUGGUAGUGAUACACGUAGGGAUGAAAGAAGAAUAAGAAGUAGAGAAUAACAGCUUGAUUCAUCUGAUAGUAGUCAUAGUUAUCCAUAUCAUCCUUACCCAUCCUAUAGCAGUGAUAGCCAGAGCUAUCCUUACCCACCUCAACAAAAUUAUCCUUGGCCCCCUCAACAACAUGGUCCUCCAGGAUACGGUUUGCCAAAUUAUCAACAAGCCCAACAAGAGUAUGUUGAUCCUUUUCAGCCAAGGUAUCCAUUUUCUCUCCCAAUACACGAAACAGAAAAAGAUGACAUGAUGAGCACAUUUACUUAUAUAUUUCCUAUUGGAUGGGGUAAAGGUAGUAGUAAUCAAGCUUAACAAUCUGAUUCUCAAGAUGCACCAUGUCACUCAUUUUGGUGGGGGUAAAGGUAGCAGUAACAAUCAAGCUCAACAAUCUGAAUCCCAAGAUGCACCACGUCACUUAUUUUGGUGGUGACAUUAUGUAAUUUUAGUAGUAACAUUAUGUAAAAUGUAUUCUCUAUUAUUUGUGAUUUAUGCUAUGAUGUUAUGUACUUUGUCAAGUUCUGCCAUUAAGAAUAUAUACUUUUUUAAAACUAUUUGAGUUAAAAUGCACAUAUGCUCCCACAAGUA